AUGAAUAUCGAAGGUCAUGUUCAAAACUUUGAAACAUAUGAACUACCAGCAAUGUUAGAUAAAAAAGCAGAUAAAGAACAUACACAUAACUCCUUCUCAACUAUUAGAGCUGAUGAGAUAAUAUUGAAUUGGGCUAUUGCUUUAUCAAGCAUGCGUGAUGAAGAUAUGCGCACUAACCUAAGAGAUAUGGUUGUUGAUUUAGCCAAUAAAACCGACAAAAUAUAUGUAGAUGAAGAAUUAAAUCGUUAUGAUACAAAAGCAAUGAGUUAUACAGAAGAAGCAAAGGAAUGGGUCAAUGAAAAUUAUGCAAAGAAGUCGGAAGUAAAUGAUGCGGUUAAUGGUAAAAUUAAUGAAAGAUUUUCGAACAUAGAUUCAUUAACAGUUAAUGAUAUUCAAUUACAUCAUCAGUUACCGGGUCAAAAGAAUGUGGAAUAUAAUAAUCUUACUAAAGUUCUCGAUGGUUUCGAUGAAUUUAGAACUAAUGCAACAAAUGCAAUUGCAAGUAUGAAGAAUGAAAUAUUACAAGCCAUAUAUCCUGUUGGUUCUUUAUAUACAUCAAUGAACUCAACAAAUCCGGCAAGUGUUUUAGGUUUUGGUACAUGGCAGCAGAUUGUAGAUAAAUUCUUAUACUGUGCUAACUCUUCAAAUCAAACAGGUGGUUCAAAGAAAAUUUUAGAAGCAAACCUUCCACCGCAUAAGCAUACAGGAACCACAAACACAACAGGUAAUCAUUCACAUUCAAUAACAAAAAGAGGUUAUACAAAUCUUGCAGCAGGUUCGGAUAGACAGGGAAUGAAUAGAUAUGAUAUUUCAAGUGACCCAGUAGAUUCAAGCGCAGGUAUUUUCUGUGGAACCGCAGGAAAUCAUUCACACACUUUCACAACAAAUCCAACAGGUUCGGGUGCAGACUACAUGCCUCCAUACAUGACGGUUUAUGCAUGGGUUAGAACGGACUGA